GAACACACCCGGAAGAAGUGAAGUUUUAACGCAGACGUCCUUUGGUUUCCUGAUGUAUGGAAGUUGUGAAAUACGGUUGUGUUGUCGCGGAUAAAUAUGUCAGCAGUCGAAGUGAGGAUGUCUUCAGCUUUGAGACAUUUUAUAAACGAGAGACUAACUGCUGCUGCUGAAGAAAUAUUCUCAGAGUUUGAGAAAACCAUCGUCCAGUACGAGGAGGAGAUCGAUCGUCAGCGCAGACUGCUGGAUGUCAUCUGGAAACCACAGAUAAAGUUACACACUUUAGACCUCCCACAACAUUAUGUCUGUAGGGAGAGCAAGGUUUUUGCUGAUCAGCAGCUCUGUGACCUUAAGAAGAACUUCUGCCUGGACCAAGAGGAACCAGGACCUCUGCGGAAUAAAGACGGGCAGGAGAAACUCUGCACCAGUCUGCGUCAUAGGGGCCUAGAUCUUCCACAGAUAAAAGAGGAACAGGAGGAGCUCUGCACCAAUCUGCAUCGGGAGGACACAGAGCCUCCACAGAUUAAGGAGGAAGAACAGGAACUUUGCCUGAGUCAGGAGGCAGAGCUGCUUGUGCUGAAGCAGGAGGCUGAUAACUUUAUGGUGACUCGCAGCAACAAUGUAGAAAACUCUCUGACAUCAGAGAGUCACUGCAACACUGAUGCAGCUGAAAAGCCAUAUGUUUGCAACACCUGUGGGAAAAUUUUCAGUUAUAGUGCUGCCCUCACAGUCCACAUGAAAACUCAUAGAGGUGAGAUGCCGUAUGCUUGUGAAAUAUGUGGUAAAGGCUUUUAUGAGACUUUUUUGCUGAAAUAUCACGAAAGAAUCCACACAGGUGAAAAGCCAUUCUCAUGUGAAAUAUGUGGGAAAGGUUUCAGAAGUAACGAUGGCUUGACUGUCCACAUGAGAAGCCACACAGAUGAGAAGCCUUUCCUUUGUAACACCUGUGGGAAAAGAUUUACUGUCUCAUCAGCAUUUAAAAGGCACGUGGCAAUCCACACAGGGGAAAAGCCUUAUUCAUGCAUUACAUGUGGGAAAAGUUUUACUCAGAGUGGGAAUUUGACUGUCCACAUGAGAACUCAUACAGGUGAGAAGCGGUAUUCUUGCAAAACAUGUGGGAAAAGUUUCAGUCGAGGUGGUAAUUUGGUUGCCCACAUGAGAAUUCACAACAAUGAGAGGUUGUUCACCUUUAGACUGUACUUCAGCAAUGAGCCCCUGAGGACUCUGAGUCAAAUUCUGAAGUACUCCAACUCCUGCACCAUCAGUCUUUAUGGACGCGUCGAGGUAGAAGACGGUUGUAUUGUCGAAUCUCAGGACAAUAUUUCAGCCGCUGAGGUAACAAUGACUUCAGUCCAGAAUCUGAGAGAGUUGAUCAACCAGCGACUAACUGCUGCUGCUGAAGAAAUAUUCACAGAGUUUGAGAAAACCAUCGUCCAGUACGAGGAGGAGAUCGAUCGUCAGCGCAGACUGCUGGAUAACAUCUGGAAACCACAGAUCACACAACACACAGCAGACUUACCACAGCAAUAUGUCUGUAAUGAAGAGGAGGUUCUCGCUGACCAUCAGCCCUGUGACCUGGAGAGGAACACCAUUCAGGUCCAGGAGGAUAAAGAACCUCUGCAGAUUAAAGAGGAACAGGAGGCACUGUGCACCAGUCAGCAAGGAGAACAGCUUCUAUUGAAGCGGAAGACAUAUACAGUUAUGCUGGUUCAGUGCAAGUCCAAAUGUGAAGAGAUAUUCGGAGUCUUUGUAAAAACAGUUGUCCAGUACGAGGAAGAAAUCAACCGUCAGCGCAGACUACUUAAUAUCAUCCAGAAACCUGAAAUAAAGUUACACAGAUUAGACCUCUCACAACAAGAUGUCUGUAAGGAUGAAGAGGUUCUUGAUGACCAGCAACUCUGUAACCAGGAGAGCAACUCCAGUCUGGACCAGGAAGAACUGGAGCCUCCAUUAAUUAAAGAGGAACAGGAGGAACUCUGCACCAGUCUGGACCAGGAGGACCCAGAAUUUCCCCAGAUUAAAGAGGAACAGGAGGAACUCUGCACCAAUCUGGACCUGGAGGACCCUGAGUUUCCACAGAUUAAAGAGGAACAGGAUGAACUCUGCUCCAGUCAAGAUGGAGAGCUGCUUGUAGUAAAGCUGGAGUCUGAUACCUUUAUGGUGACACCUUCUUGUGAGGAAAGUGACCACAAUGAACCAGAACCAAACAGUGACCAGAUCCUGUCUCACAACUCUUCUGUAGCUGAGGACCUAGAUCAAGAAGGAAGCAUGCAUGCGGAUGGUGGGUCUCUUAAAAAUGCAGAAUUUCAGCUGAAGUGUAUAAAAUGUGAUGUUUGUGGAAAAGCCUUUAAGGAUAAGUACCACUUGAAGAAACAUUACCGAAUCCACACAGGUGAGAAGCCAUAUGCUUGUAACACUUGUGGGAAGAGAUUUUAUGAGAUUUAUUUAAUGAAAUAUCAUCAAAGAACUCACACAGGUGAGAAGCCAUAUUCUUGUGAAGUGUGUGGUAAGAGUUUCAGAAAAAGCGGUAAUCUGACUAUCCACAUAAGAACUCAUACAGGUGAGCGACCAUACCUUUGUAACACCUGUGGCAAAAGAUUUACUGACUCAUCAACAUUUAAAAAGCAUAAGGCAAUCCACACGGGGGAGAAGCCAUAUUCUUGCAAAGUAUGUGGAAAAGGUCUCUCAAGUAACUCAGUUUUGUUGGUCCAUAUGAGAACCCACACAGGUGAGAAGCCAUACCUUUGCAACACUUGUGGCAAAAGAUUUUCUGAUUCGUCCACCUAUAAAAAGCAUGCAGCAAUUCACACAGGUGAAAAGCCCUAUUCUUGCAAAAUAUGCGGAAAAGGUCUCUCAAGUAAUUCAGUGUUGUUGGUCCACAUGAGAACCCACACAGGUGAGAAACCUUACCUUUGCAAAACCUGCAAGAAAACAUUCAGUUCAAUGUCAGCUAUGAAAAAGCACACAAGAGUGCACACAGGUGAGAAGCCGUACCUUUGUAACAUGUGUGGGAAAAGGUUCUCUGACUCAUCAGCAUUUAAAAGACAUACCGCAAUCCACACAGGUGAGAAGGCCCAUUCUUGUGGAACAUGUGGGAAAAGUUUCACCCACAGGUGAAAAGUCAUAGUUCUAAUUCGUCUGUGGGACCUAAGCUUGAAAAACUGAAAAUUUGUUCAAGUUCAAAGUAUAUCUUUCAGAUUUAAACACCUUUAGACUAGUGCUGGGCGAUAUGGAAAAAAAAUCAUAUAUCACGAUAUGGAUUAUUUUAUAUCACGGUAACAAUAUAUAUCACGUUAUAGCACAUUAAAGUAUGUUUUCAGUUAUUCUCUGAAAAGUUUGACAAAAAUGUCAUUGCUUACUUUUCUCCAUGAAACUUUAACCUGUUGCUAGGGCUGGACCCAAAUAUUUGGUCCCCAUGGUGGUAUGCGGAUAUUAAUUUUGAGAUCCGAAUAUUCGCCCCCUCCUACCUCCACCCCCCGUCGGGCGUUACGAACCGAGCCGAAAAUUCGGCUCUUUCCUCCGUUAGCUCACCGCCUCUGACCUCACGGAGCGAACCAAAUAUUCGGGUCGUUCCUCCGUUUGUCUCCCCCCCCCCGGACGUUACGAAGUGGACCGAAUAUUCGUCAUUAAUAGGGCCCGAAUAUCCGGAGCGUAGAAACUGCUAUUCAGUCCAGCCCUACCUGUGGCGCGUCCAUCGUUCAGCACUCGUGAGUUAAGCAACAUAAAGCAAGUCGCAAACCCGCGUGAGAAUCAAAGAACGUAAAGCAGCGUCAUGUCGCAAAAACCACAAGACGGAGUUUCUUUGUGAAAAAUCUCCUUUUUAUUCUUCUUUAUUUUCACUUAUGUAAACUUAGAGUAUGCAUAGUGACAAGAAAACACUAAUACAAUCGUCGCAGGCUAUUUAGUGAUAUAUUUGCUGUAAUAAUUGAUAAAAUUAGGUUAGAAAGAUAGAAAUGAUAGAAGAGAAAUGGCACAAUAGACACUUUUCUAUCGUUCUCACGAUAUGUAUCGUCAUAUCGCCCAGCACUACUUUAGACUCUGCUACAACAGCCAUUCCAAGAGUGUAUUGCAUGUCACACAGUUAGAGAUGGAUCCAGAUCUAUGAAAUACUAGAUCUUUUCUGCGAUUGUCCCUCAUAGUUAGAAGUUACUGUCUCCAAAUCUUUCUUUGUGAAUGCUUCCGUAGAAUCUUGGUGCUACAAUGUAAGUAGAAAAAAAGCCUUAGAGGAGAAGACCUCAAAAAUGUAAUGCAGCAGCAGGAUAGAAGAGUGUUUGUCCUCAUUUAUACACAUUAGCAACCUGCUGCUUGAAUCUUAACUUUCUUGUUGAUUCUGUUUGUGAUUUUUGCCUGCCACAAACUCCCCUUAAAUAUUGUAUUUUCUCUGACCAUAGCAAAUGUCUGGGAAAUACUUUUAUUUCUUUCUUUUUUAAACUCAGAACCUAUUAAAGAUGUACAUGCACAUGUUUUGCACCCUGGUUUUAUUUUUGGGAAAACAAAAACAGCAGCUGGAUUUCUGUGAUUCGCUGAACUUUAAAUCACAGCAAUCACAACAGUGACUGAGCCAAACCAUUCGAUGUUGCCUCUGAGUUUAGCAGAAUACAACUAGAUCAUUUUUGUCUACAAUUUGUGAAUGUUUCUCAAGUUGUGAUUAGAUGUUUGUACAGUAAUCUGCUGUUCCAGCAUGUUUUCUUGCCACAUUUUGGUAAAGAUGCCUUUCCUUGUGGCUUCCUCUUGUUCAGAUCGACUCUAUUGUCUGAAUGGUAAAUAUGGGCAACUGGUUAGCUUAGCUUAUCAUGAAGGUUGGGAUUGUGGACCUAUUAAAUGUACCUAUCAAUAGCUAUAAAGCUCAGUGAUAAACAUGUUGUAUCUCAUUUGUGUCAUCUGAAGUGUGACAGCACCAUGUGGCUGUAGCAGACCUGGCCGUCAGUCUUCUCAUCUAAAAACGCAAACAUAUUUUCUAAAGGGUCAGACUCCUGCUUUAAAAAGACUCUCACACAGUCUUAUUUCCAAGAAUGCGCAAUGUUUUGGUGCUUUCUUGGGCAAAUUCAAAGGUAACCCCAGACUAUGUAGAAAUGGACAACAAACCCCAACGAAUAAGUGUUUAGCAGAAAGGGAAACAUGCAGGUAACAGUUUUCCAAAUGUAAAUACAGAAUCACAGGAAGAUUCUAGGAAUUAGUUCACCAAUAAGUAUCUUGGAAGCCAGUGUUUGAAGAGUGUGAUUCCAGUAAGUCUCAUGCUCUUUGAGUGUUUUACUAUACAGGUUAUUCAAAAAAAAUGAACCAAUUUCAUUACACAAUAUUUUAAUUAGGAAAAGCGAUAGAAAACUCCAGCCAAGUCACGAGUAUUCUACUCACAAUCAGCUUUUAUUUCCUGUCUUACAAGCGUUCGAUGCUUCCACCACCUGCAGCAUGGACAACAUCAAUGCAAUAAGAGAAUUCCACCCAGACGCGUAUCAGCUGAUCACAAUCCACGGAGAUGAUCGCUGUUAUUUGAUGUCAUUCGAUGACCUUAAACAUCAAAUAAAAGUUGAUUGUGAGUAGAAUGCUUGUGACUUGGCUGGAGUUUUCUAUUGCUUUUCCUUCUUAAAAUAUUGAAACCGGUUCAUUCUUUUUGAAUAACCCUCUAGUUCUUGCCUCUUGGUGGUAAGGUGAUGUGUUUUUUCCCUGUUGAAAAUUGAAAUGUCUUCACCUUACCAUGAGGUUAGUGCCAUGAGAUGACAGAGUAUGUUGUGAAGUGGUGGUAAGAGUGGAGUUGAGCUGAAUGUUCAGUCCCACAGAGGACCAACGACAAGUUGUCCUGAUGAGCGUCACUGAGAUGUUCAGCUAUGGGUUUACCACGAUCAUUCCGGUGUGUUGUGCUUUUAUGCUCACUGAUCUGUUGUUUUAUAAUUCUGGUGGCUUUCCUCAACACAAUGAUACACAACUGAUGACGCUGUUGUUAGGAAAUAUUUUUGCAUGUAUUUAAGUUUUAAUGGUGUCAUUGCACCAGCAGUAGUUUCUGUUGGGAAGAGGGUGCAAGCAUGUCUGCAUUACUUGACUAAGUUUCUCCUGGUCAGCGAGGCACAGGCCAAGUGAUGCCUUAUAGUUUCCCCCCAGAGUUUAAGAUCUAAGGGCCAACUUACAUGUUUGGAUAAUUGUCAGUGGUAGAUACCUCCACUGUGCAAAGCUAAUCUUUCUACUUUACAAACUCCUCUGUAGAAUGACAGACCUUUCUCAAUGCAGUCCCUCUUUCACCUCCCUCUUUCAUUACUAUAUUUUGAUGUAAAUUGUGAGUUGCUUUCACAACGGUUCAACAGGCAACAAAACUGAUAACUCACCCAAGCUUCUACUAUAAAUAUGUUUGGAGCUGGUCAUCAUUCUCCUACAUAUCUGCUUCAUAAAAUAGAUGUGCAAACAGUUAUUUCAUCUUAAAUCCUGCUCCUGCUUUAAAAUAACAAAGAUGAAAGUCAGUUUACGCUUUUCUUGCCAACAAAUAAUCUCUCCUUAUCUCCCUGUUGCUCGUAAAAUGGCAACAAAUGAUGUUGUGGGACUAACUCACCUUCAUCUGGCCUUGAAAAUAGUGACUUUUGUACAAAAUAAAUUGCUUUACAUUUUGUUUAUUUGAUUGGUCUGUUUUACCUCAAACUGCCACUUAUUUUCACCUAACGCUUCAUAUUUGACAUUUAAAAAAAAAGUAUGUUUGAGCUUCUUUUUUGGGCCUUAUGGAAAGACAUGCAGCAAAUGGCCGUGGGUCAGAUUCGAACCCAUAGCCGCUACAUCAGAGACUGUAGCCCCCGAUGUAGCGGCGAUGGGCAUCUCCAUGUACUGUAGUGGAUAGUCUAUUAACGGAAAAAACUUUUACUUCUUCCAAAGAUGAUUUUUGUUUUCUUUCUCAAUUCUUACUUGUUUUUUUAAAGGAUUAUGAAACGGAAUAAUAAAGUGAAAGGGGGAGACUAAAACUUACCACCUUUUUAAUUUUCUUCUUUACAAAACCCAACAUAAAUGACAUUUCUUUAUCCAAUUUGCAUUUUAUUUUGUUUUUAUGUAAAAUUUCCACUUUUUUAACUUCAAAAUAUUCUCCAAGUUUUUUUUUUUUUUGGUUGAUUUGUGUUUUUUUUCCAUUUGCCAGCUCAACAUGUUGAGCUACCCACAUACACAGUUUGAACUUUUUUUCUGGUUUUGGCAAAAAUCUCAAUUUCAAACUGUGAAUCCCAAACCUUAUGUUUUACAGCUCUGAGGUUUAUUUCGCUGUUGAAUUGAACAAAUGUAAGAAUUAGCACUUUGGGAAAAAAGAGGGAACAUUAGUGUAGCAUAUUAGCCUGAAACUGAAUCAUCAUCAGUCAGAGAGGAAAGCAGUCAGUCGGAUGAAUCAGAACAUACAGUUGUUUAAAACAGUCACUUAGCUGUAACACACUAAAAGAUUAGUGAUCUUUGUACUAAUAGUAGUUUAUAUUGUAGCAUAUUUGGACCUGUACAGAAAGUUCCCUCUGUUAAUUGUUUUUUUAACUUCUCUCUGGUUUGCCAAUAAAAUAUUGAUGAUACUCUGCUUCAA